GUCAAACAUUUAAAAAUCGUCCAAUGACCCCGAUGGAGCGUCGGCUGCCCUCCGUCAAGGUGUGGCUGACGCCGGACGGUGACCUGUGUCUGCCGCACGAUGACCAGUCGACACCUCUGCACGCUGACCACGACUCCCCUGCCACCAUCACUCUGGAGCUGGACUGUCUGUCUCCAUGCCAGUCGCCGCGCCGGCCGACCUCCCGACUCGACGCGCCGGCCGCGCCGCGCCGCAAGAGCUCCAGCAGCUGCGCGUCGGCGCGCAGCUCGGCACGCAGCUCAGUCAGCAGCUCCGUGUCGCCGGCCGGCUCGCGGCGCAGCUCGGGCCUGUCGCAGCGCUCGUGCAGUGUAUGCAGCCGCUGCAGCCGCGGCCGUCUGGCGCUGGUACUGGCAGAGUCGCGCCGCUCCAGCCGCGGCUCGCGGGGCUCCUCGUCCUCCUCCUCCGCCGCCAGCCGGCUGAUAGAGGCCGUCAUCCGCUCUCCGAGACGCUCUUCCACUCUGUCGCGGCUCAGCGAGGUGCUGUCACUGACCUCCGCGCGCCACUCGGUCCUCUUCGAGAGGAAGUGUUGCGGCUGCGGCGGAGGUGCCGGAUGUGGAGGAGGUGCGUCCGGAACCUGCUGCAGUGUCAGCGGAGGAGGCGGAGGAGGCGGAGGAGAGGAAUCAUGGUCGGCCGUGGCCACCGCAGGCCGGCUUACGUUCACCCAGAGACUGGCGUUUCCCACACUGGCAGGGAAGGAGGUGCGCCACAAACGGCGCAGCCACUUCAGCGAGGCUGAGGAGCACAUGAAUCUGUUCGCCAAGCUGAUCACCGUGGUGAUCCUGUGCCUGGUGUUCGUCCUGCUGGUUGGAGUCAUCUAUAGAUUUCUGCGGUAGCGCACGGUGUGUGGUGUUUUCUUCUGGUCAAUGACUGAGUACAAAGGAAAGGAGUAACACCUAACAGCCUGUGAGCUGAUCUCACUGCGGUCAUGUCGAAUGACACGGUCGAAUCCUAUCGGUGCAAAGGAAGAUGAAAUAUCAUUGAAUCAUCAUGCGAUUAUUGGUGACAAUGGAUGAAUGCGUGUUCUGAGUCGCUGUACCUGUAGGGUGACGAGAAAUGUUUGGCACAUGCCAUUUGACGACUUUAAUU